AAUGGAGUAUCUAUAUAUAGUUGUGUUUUUAUUUUACUGCUUGCCAAAAUAGAUUGGCAGUGGUACCCACAAGACCACAAGUUUCUCUCCUCUCUCUUGGUGUCUUCUUCAAAGUCAAGCGCUAAAAGAGUUUCUGUUAAGUUGCAGCAGAAAACCAAGCCCCUUUACCACCACCUUCCGCUCCUGCGAUAAAAUGUCAAGGGAUGAAAUUAAGCCGCUUUCAGGAAAGCCAUACUUUCAUGUGGUUAUUGCAAAAUCACACGUUAGUCCUCGAAAUGUAAUGGUGCCGAGUGGCAAAAUGUGCCAAAAACUUCCUUAUGACGCAACAAUUCCUACUGUUCUCAACUGUCGUGGUAAGAGCUGGGACAUGACUUAUAAUGGGCAAAACAAAUUCAAGCAGUUUGAUACUACUGGCUGGAGAAACUUUGUUAAAGAUAAUAAUUUGAAGAUCGGAGACGCGUGCGUUUUUGAGCUCAUGGAAAACAGUGAGGAGAAAAUCGUUUUUGAAGUUCAAAUUCUUAGAGGCGGAUUUCCAGGAAUUGAUGAGUGUGAAGAAGAGCCGAUUUUCAGAUCCAAAUUGUCUGGUACCGGUGAGAGUGAUUCGCCAUAUGUCAUCGAGUAGUACUCUACUGGCUUGAAUACCACCUACCUUUGUGGGAAGGUUCAUGGUUGCAAGAUACUUUUGUUGUGGAAUGGUUAGAGCAUAUAUUUUGGUGUUAGGAUUAGGAAUAGUGAAGUUAUGUACUAGUACAGCUCUCCAUGUCAAUUUGCUAGUUAAAUGCCCAGUGGGUUUUAUCAAUCAAGAUUAAUUUGGUGGUUAACUCUUAAUGCUAUUUUCUUGAUUUGCACAGAAUGGCUUUG